AAGAUACCGAAAAAUAUUGAAAACACCAAAAAAAUGAAAGAACAAACACAAGACCAUAUCUAUACAUCUCCGCCUCAAAUCAUGGAAUCUGAAUACUUUCUUUACGAUUCCAUCAUCCCUGAGACGGAAUUUCAGGACAUUGGAGUUGAGGACGAUGUGAUUCAUCUAUCUUCCACCUCUGACGCGAAGAAGGAGGACGAGGUCAUCGUCAUCCACAGCGAUGACGAUGAUGCCGAUGUUGCCCCGGUCAGAGAUAAGAACGCGGUUAUCGUCCUUGACUCUGAUGAAGAUUCACUGUUUGGGAGCGAGGAAGAUGGCAGUUUUGAGGAUGUAGAGGGUGUUGAUGUCUUCUGGAUUAAGCCUAUGUCUAUGCUCAAGGAAUCUGGCAGUGUCCCUGCCCUUGAUAGUUUGUCUUUUCCCAUAUGUGGCAGUUUGUAGUUGUUGCCUCCUUUAUGUUCCAUGAUUUUAGUUAAAACUUGCUGGUAACUCAACCACACCUUGUUUAGGGUUUCUGGACUUAGAGCAUUA